AUGGGCCUCGACCGGGAGCCUGGGGCCCCGGGGCCAGAGGGCGAGCUGGGGGGCUCCUCCCCGGGGGGACCCUCUUGGGGAGACGACUGCAGAAUCCCUUGGGAGGACUUGCGGCGGGAGUAUGAGGGGCCUCUCCUGCAGGCCAAAACCCAGUGCCCUACGGAUGGGCCUACGCCUGUCGUUCUAGAGGCGGUCCACCCGAACCAUUCCCGAGCCAUGGAGUCUUCGGUGUCCUGUCAGGUAGAGGACCAGCCUCUGCCGGUCUGUGUUAUCCACGAGGUGAAGAUCAAUAGGGACAGUUCUGUGCUGCAGCUGACCAGGGAGAUGGAAGCCACCAUCAACGCCACCGUCCGCUACUACUGCUCGCUCUUCCAGGCCAUUAUUCAGAAGUGGCUCAUCUUCCCCCUGCCUUCUGUAUCCGCUGUGCCGGACUGGACCAAACCUUUGAAAACAAGUGAACUCAAGUUACAGUACACUACAACAAGUGUACACAUCCCCAAGAAGUCUUUAAUGUGGGGGGUGUAUCUGUUUAAUUUCUCAGUCUACCUCAAGUCUUGGGACCCAGAGGCACCCUUGGCAAAAGACUCGGAUGCCAUCCAUGUCGUCAUUCUCAGGAGUCCCCUGGAGGCAGUUAUCCUCGGGGAUGCCAAUGUCACCAUUAAGUUCAAAGAUGGGCUGACUCUGGAUGGAAGUCAGUCCUCUGAUCCAGAUGCAAACAGCCCCUUAGAGGGACUCCAGUUUUUCUGGUACUGUACCACAGAGCCAAAAAAUUACCAAGGAGAGAAGAUAACAGUGAGGAGUAAGGAUGUCUGUCUCCCAGAGCAGGCUGAUCUGAAGUGGACCUGGGCCUCUGGUCCCGUGCUGACACUUUUGCCAGAAACACUGAAAGGUGGGCGUGUGUAUUUUUUCAGAAUGGUGAUUGAGAAGAAUAACAGAAGAGCGUUUUCAGAUAGAAGGGUGCACGUGCUCCCAGGACCAAAGCCUGUGGCGGUCAUCUCAUGUGUCGAAAAUUGUGAUCUCGAUUUGGUGAUAUCAGACAGAUUCUCUUUGUCUCUAAACUGCACAAAUUGUAAAACAAGCCGUGAUGUCUAUAAAUGGUCGAUCCUGUCACUUCUAGGUAGUGAGAUCCAGUUUGAUUGGAUGGGGCAAACUACAACAGGGAGGAAUGGCGCUUACUUGUCUGUAAAAGCUUUUGCUUUUGAACAUUUUGUUGAAGACAAGUUUUGGGUUUCUCUAUAUCUAAACACUUGGAGUGGAGCGACCUUGGUCUUAAGGCACCCCUUCAUUAUUAACCAUGUCCCUGAAAUCGGAGAAUGCAAAAUUAAUCCAGCGAAAGGAAUUGCACUGAUUACUAAAUUUGUUGUCCAGUGUAGUAAUUUCAAGGAUAGGAAUGUCCCUCUUACAUAUAAAAUAUUAGUUUCUGAUGUGCAUGGUUUUGGUGAAAUCAGUUCUUUAAAAGAAAACACCUUGGGGACCGUCCUGUAUUUGGGGAAGGAUUCUACAUCGCCCCCUUCCUUUCUCCCUGUUGGUGUGCUGGCCAAUCAUUAUGCCUUGAAGAUAUAUGCUCAGGUAUAUAAUUCUCUAGGACCUUUUUCUCAGGUGACUUUGUACGCCACUGUGCAGGCUCCUACUGACAUGAACUCAUCAGAGGCUGUGCUGAACCAGUUAUUCAAUUUCACUAUGGGACCAGAUUCAUUGCUGUCUACUUUGCUUCAAAAUCGGGAUUUUUUACCUGCAGGUUAUUUAAUGUAUGUAGUAGCUUCUGUGCUGAAUAGCAUGAAAACCGAAUUACCUCUGCAAGCUGACAAAGCCAGACUCCGCGAACACCUUUUUAAUCAGUCCUUCAUUCUUCCAGUAAGCACUUUGGUGGAAAUUAGCCAGCUAGUCGUGGCUGUUACUAAAUUAACCCAGAAAGCCUCUGAAUUCACCCUAGUCUCUCAGAAACUGGCCACGGAGAGGAUCUGGCAGGCAAAUCAAGCCCUGCAGGAGUAUCGGCAAAAAGAUAAACAUGUCUCUUCUGAGCAGAUAGAAAUUGUGUGCACUGGGAUAUUAACAAGCUUGUCUAACGUCCUGAAACUGACUGCUCGCCACAGCGUCGUGGAAGAGCCGUUCCACGUGGUAGAGUCUCUAGCAGACACAGUCUUGGCUGGUAAAGUACCGGAGGACGAAACCACCGCCCUGAGGACCUCCAACUUCAACAUGUACGUCAAGAAAACGGAAAAGUGGAACGUCACCAAGUUCUUCAGCAACGAGAAGCUCUGUCGAAACUGCUUUCACCCGACGCUGAACGAGGACAGCGUCCCCAGUUUGCCCACCAAUGCUCCCAUUUCUAUGAUGUUCUGUGAGUUCACGGAUGACCCUUUCCCUUGGCUGAAUUAUCAGGACGAUGUUUUGACGGAGGUGGCUGGGUUCAGGAUGACGGGAACCGAGGCCAACGGCGAAGUGAUUGAGAUCACACCUGAUGUCUUAGAGGUGUACCUGGUCAAAAAAAACCUGAGCUUCGCGGUUUUUAGUCUCACAGUGGGACCCAGCGGUGAGCCUGAUAAAGCUGAGUCUCUGAGAAAGACGGUUGGGGGGUUUAGCUUUGAAGCGGACGGCAGAGCCACAAGCGAGGUGCUGGUCCACAUCAUCACGGACGUGACAGUGCUGUUCACGGUGCUGGUGUACGCUGGCAGUCAGAUCACACCUGAUGCUUUGGUCACCACCUUCCUUGUGCCCCGUAACAUCCCCCCGAUUGCCAACCAGAGCGACCUGUUUGACCCGGCCUGUGCGGUGAACCAGGCCCGCGUGGUCUGCCUUUCCCGGUCCCUUCUGCGGUUCAUAGCUCAGCGGAGUGGCUCCUCAGAGUACACUGUCACUGUGGUUCUGCAGGCACCUCGCUUUGUCAUGACGCCCAGUGACAAGUUAGUGAGAAUUUCUAUUUUCAGUGUUCAGUGCUUGGACAUGCGUGGGCUCCAGAGUGACUGGAGAGAAGACACCUGCAUUCUUGGAGAGAGGACCACCUGGAACAGAAUCCACUGUGUCUGCAAAAACACCCCGCAGCCCAAGCAGCCACUGGCAGAAAUUAAACUCCCCAACCCAUACCUGCAUACCCGCUAUUUGACGGCCAGGAUGAUUGUGGUCCCCAAUCCCGUGGACCUGCGGUUGGAGGUCAUCAAGACCGUUCCCCAAAACCCCGUGACCCUCUUCACUGUCCUCUUCAUCAUGCUCGUGUACAUAAUCCUGGCUUUCUGGGCCUUGCACAGAGAUGAAAUGGACCAGUUUCUCAGGGAGCAUGUGAUCGUUCUGCUUGAUAAUGACCCUUACGAUGAAGUCUGCUAUCUGGUCACCGUUUUCACAGGAAGCCGCUGUGGGUCUGGGACCCGGGCCGAUGUCUUUAUCCAACUUCGGGGAACAGAAGGCACCAGCGAGGUGCACUGUUUAAGCCAUCCACAGUUUACAGUCCUCUGCCGUGGAAGCAUCAACACUUUCCUCCUGACGACACAGAAUGACCUGGGAGACAUCCAUUCCAUCCACGUGUGGCACAACAAUGAAGGCAGAGCCCCGAGCUGGUAUCUCAGUAGAAUCAAAGUGGAGAGUCUGUUCAGCAGGAACAUCUGGCUGUUCAUGUGCCGGAAAUGGCUUUCGAUAGACACCACUUUGGACAGAACGUUUCACGCUACCCACCCAGACAAGCCUCUUAGAAGAAAGGACUUUUUCCUCAUAGAUGCAAGUUACAGCCUGGGGAGAAGUCACCUGUGGUUCUCCAUUUUUUCCAGCGUCGUGGCUAAGCCGUUCAGCAGGCUCCAGAGGCUGUCCUGCUGUUUAGCGAUGUUGCUCUCCUCCCUGCUCUGCAAUAUUAUGUUCUUCAAUCUGAACAGACAAAAAGAACCCGAGCCCCAAAGCAGCAAGUACAUCAGGUCCAUGAUAAUAGGGCUGGAAAGUGUCCUAAUUACGAUCCCCGUGCAGGUAACCAUCAUAUCUUUGUUCGUCUAUUCCCAGAGGGAACCUCAGGUGCCUCUAAGCGAGGUGUCUCCCCAGAAGCCUCCUGUGUCAUCAGCCGCAAGUGGGCACUGGGAAGAGCGUCUGGAAAAGUGGCAUGCUCGCGAAACUGCCAAGGCACAGUCCAGGAAGCCUAAAAAGCCUCCCCCAAAGAGAAAGCCUGGACGUCGUAAGGCUCCUGCCCGGGCCACCUCUAAAACACGGCAGCAGGUUCAGAGAGCAGACAGCAAGGUCUCAGACACCUCCAGAAAAAAUGAAAAUGCCAACAACCCAAACAUUGACGAUAACCAGAGCGCUCAUCCUGAAAAGGCUCCUCCCCCACCGGAUCCUCCAGCCCUCGAAGAGAAGCCCCGGGUGGUUCUGCCUUGGUGGUGCGUUCACGUUGCGUGGUUCUUGGUGUUUGCCACUUGUAGUGUGUCCUCCUUCUUUAUUGUAUUUUACGGACUGACAUACGGCUACGAGAAGUCAAUAGAAUGGCUCUUUGCAUCGUUUUGUUCAUUCACUCAGUCAGUUUUUCUGGUGCAACCACUGAAAAUUAUUCUCCUGUCAGGCAUGAGGACAAAUAAGCCCAAGUACUGUAAAAACCUUCCUUGGAUCAGUAACUAUCGCUACACCCAGAUCAGGCUGCAGAGCAUCACGACGGACCCGGAGGAGAUGCGCAGGCAGCAUGAGCGCGUCAGCCGAAUCCGGGGCUCCCGGAUGUACCAGCCGCUCACAGAGGACGAAAUCAGGAUCUUCCAAAGGAAGAAGAGGAUCAAGAGAAGGGCGUUCCUCUUCCUGAGUUACGUUCUAGCUCACUUCAUCUUUCUGGCCCUCCUGCUGGGCCUUGUCGCCCUCCUGCGCCACACUGACUGCUUUUACUAUAACCAGUUUAUUCACGAUCAGUUCUCCAUGGACCUGGCGACGGUGACCAAGCUGGAAGGCAUCUUCCCAUGGCUGAACAGCGUGCUGUUGCCUCUGCUCCACAACAACCUGGAUCCAACGUUUCUGCCUGACAGCUCCUCUAAAAUCCUCGGCCUGCCGCUGAUGAGGCAGGUGAGGGCGGUGCCUGGAGAGAAAGCCUGCCUGCCUGCCAAACACUUCGCGCAGAGCAGCCUCCAAGGAGAGAUUCGCUGUCACCCCGAAUACGGCACCGACCCAGAAGACACAAAAAGCUACUCUGGCUCUUGGAAUAGAGUUGGUAAGCGGGCCGUGGACAAGAAUGCCAAAGGGUUUACUUACAAGCCUCCAGAAAAGAGAUGGGCGUACUCUUCCUACGGGCUGCUGCAAACUUACGGGUCAGGAGGGUAUGUGUUCUAUUUUUUUCCCGAAGAGCAGCAGUUUAAUUCCACACUGAGGCUCAAGGAACUCCAGAAUAGCAAGUGGCUGGAUGAGAAGACGUGGGCUGUGAUUUUGGAGCUGACAACUUACAACCCAGACGCCAGCCUGUUCUGCUGCGUCUCUGUCAUCUUUGAGGUCUCUCAGUUAGGAGUUGUGAACACAAGCCUGUCCGUGUACUCCUUCUCCCUUGCUGACUUCAACCCGAAGACUUCGGCGGAAAUCUACUUGUACGCGGCCAUCCUUAUCUUUUUUGCUGCCUACAUCGUUGACGAGGGGUACGUCAUUAUGCAGGAAGGGGCCUCCUACGUGACAAGUGUGUACAAUUUGCUCAACUUUGCUUUAAAAUGCAUCUUCACCGUGUUGAUUGUGCUCUUUUUCAGGAAACACUUCCUGGCCACCAGCAUAAUUCAGUUUUACUUGGCAAACUCGAAGGAUUUCAUUCCCUUUCAUGCAGUUUCUCAAGUGGAUCACAUCAUGAGGGUGAUGUUGGGUUUCCUGUUAUUUCUGACAAUUCUGAAGACCCUCAGGUAUUCCCGGGUCUUUUAUGAUGUACGUCUGGCUCAGAGGGCCAUCCAGGCUGCCCUUCACGGCAUCUGCCACAUGGCGUUGGUGGUGUCCGCCUAUUUCUUCGUGUACAUGGCGCUUGGCUACCUGGUAUUCAGUCAGCAUGAAUGGAACUACAGUAACAUGAUUCGCGCAGCGCAGACGAUAUUCUCCUACUGCGUUUCAGCUUUUCAGAACACAGAGUUUUCCAGUAACAGGGUUCUUGGCGUCCUGUUCCUCUCAUCUUUCAUGCUGGUGAUGAUCUGCAUACUGAUCAACUUAUUUCAGGCAGUGAUUCUGUCUGCCUACGAGGAAAUGAAGCAGCCGGUGUACGAGGAACCAUCAGAAGAGGCAGAAGCAAUGACCUACCUGUGUCGCAAGCUAAGAAGCAUGUUCGGCUUUCUGUCCCUUCGAUCCAAGGAGGAAGACGAACCUGAGUUCUUCAUCAACAUGGUGUACGGGCAGCCAGAGAAGAGCAGCCGCCGCUAUCUGGGGCUGAAGACCAGAAACAUCAAUGGCAAGAAAAUGGUCUAUCUGGUCGUGUGAUCCAUGACGGUCUCAAGGCCUGCAGACACGUUUCUCCCAGGGGCUCUCCUUAGGGGAUUAAGGAACGUUCAGUGGCUCAGCCGUGCUCUCUGCCCAUAUCCUUCACAAUGCACAUUUGGAAGGACCCCUCUCUUGGCCUCCACUUUGGGGAACGUGAAAGGAGGGUGUCGGAGUGCAGUGCAGCCUGUAGGGAGAGAGGGUGACAGCCUGUGAGUCCUGGGUUGAUUUUCCUCUAGCUGGGAAGUAGGUGUCUUUGGAACCCACUGUAGUUUAGAGGGUUAGAGACCCUGAUUUGGGGGAGGGAGCUGAAUUCCCCCCUCUUCACCCCUCCUCGCCUGAAGCAGCAGGAGAAUGCUUCUGCUGCUCUGUGCCCCUCUCCUGGGACUGGAAGAGCAGAGCACCCCCACCCCACCGCCGGUCCCUCAGCCCUGCUGCUGGUUCCCUUUGCAGACCAGCGCUGCAGGGCCUCCCCCACCCUCCUUACCCCCACCGCCCAUGCUCCAGCUGGGCCAGGGCUGGAGUGGCCUUGCGAGGAGUUGCAGGGUUUGCCCUCUUGCUUGGGAAUGCAAGGGUGUGAGCCAGCGUCAGAAACCUGAAGCUUCACAUGGACUCCUUAAGGCCACUGGAAGUUAAAGAUGUAAAAUUUAGUAACAUUUUCUGGCCAUGAGUUAAACAAGAAGGUGUGUGGGGAGGUUCACACUGACAGAUGGCAGACGUUCUGUAUAAUGAAUAUAGCAAUAUAUACAUCCAGGAUUUGGGCUUUCGGUGGAUUGUUUAGGAAUAAUAAAGAAAACGUGGUUUAUUGCUUAAGAAAAAUGGGCUAGCAUCUGUUAUAUUUUCACUCAGAAGCAUGUUCAUUUAUGUAGAUGCCACUUUAAGCUU